AUGUUCAGAGUCUUCCUAGGGGCUCCAACCAAGAACGAUAUUUCCAAGGAUCCGGCUUCUUUUCGCUGGCAAAACGUCUCAUCGACAUCGCCGUCGGCCAGCACAAGGCCUGCAGGAACGCAACCAUUCCCCCCAGCUACCUUGCAGGCAGCGAGCGUGCGAAUCUCUCAGUUUUAUAAGCACAUUAUCUUCGACGAUGAGGAAGGAGAUGAAGGGGCUCCAGAUGGAACUUUCCUAGAAGGCCAGACCACCGCAAUUUCCUGGGACGAAAGUCUCGAAGAUGGGGAACCUGGAGCAGAGACCAUUGACAAGUCGAAGUCUGCGGUGCUCUCGCGAGAUGACACGUAUGCUACUCAGGAAGAAGAAACACAAGAGAUAUCUGCCUAUUCCUCGGAUGCCUCCUCGAUCAUCCGCUUCCCCUCAUUUACUUUCGACUUGCAUACUCUGCUAAAGUUAGCGAAAGUCUCGAAGACGCCUGCGUACUCAAAAGCAAGCGUACUCGCUGCUGUCUUAGAAAUCGAAGGCCCAGACGUGAUCCACAUCAAGAAGGGCCUGAAUGCUGGGAAGGAGGUGUCCCUCCUCAAGAUGAUCUUAGGCGAUGACGAAGGCAGUGUCUGUAAGCUAACGGCCUGGCGAGAGAUAGCGGAAUGUUGGGGGGCGGAAGAUGCUUCUGGUAUCAAGCGUGGUGACGUGGUGUUCCUUGAAAAUCUCAGCAUAUCCAAAGAGACUUCCCCUUCUUCCUCGGCUUCAACCACCCUCACUGCAUCUCCAAAUCUGAAGUCACGCUUACAAAUAUGUUUCCGUACCAUGCCUAGUAACUCAGAAGACAUGCAAUACAGACCCGAUCUUCGACUUGGAUAUAGUGAUGCCACAGUUAGGAAGGUUGGCGCGGUGGUGGCUUGGUUUGAGGGGAUGGCAGCACCCGGCAUGCCCAUUAUCGAUCGUCGCUCGCUGAUACAGUAUUGUGCCACUGCCAGUUACCACAACAUUACCAGUACGACUUCUGUCUGGAAGCACGUCGCGAUUGGAAUGGAGCUACCAACCGAAAUCUUGUCUGCGAUCGUGGGUGAAGUCAGUGACGUGAAGACUCUAUCAAAGCUCCUGCUCGUAUCUCGUCAAUUCAACUCGAUCGCCUUGCGACAGCUCUACGAAGACAUGUCCUUUUCUUUGAACUUGGCCGCCGAUCUUCGUUCGAUCAACACGUUGCGCCGCGAUGUGCAAGCGAACCCAGGCAUUCAGCUCACCACAUCCUUCGCGACAUAUUAUUUUCCGCGAGCAUAUUACGCCGCUCCACCACAUGUCGAACCAGACGUUGACCACAUAAUUCCUUACCUAGUCAACGUCAGACGCCUCCGCUUAAGUCGCCAAGCCGCCAGCCCUGGAGUAUUGUCCCUACUCCCAGCCAGUGCACACCUGACCCAUCUCAUCUUGGACCGCCGCCUCUGCUCGGGGGAUUUGACGUGGUUCUUUUCGUCUCAUCCAACACUAGAGUCCAUCAUGCUCUCUAGUAGCAGUACCAACGGCCACAUUAUUGAAUUAACAUCCGACGCACUCCCAACUCUUCGUACACUAGCAAUAGUCUUUGACGCGUCGUUGCGGAUCAAGAACACAAUGCCUUCGGUUCUCAACCUCACUAUCUUCCGGCAUUCAGACGGACCUGCAGUCAUACAUACCGUCGGACGGCUUCCCUCCACCCCCACUUUGGCUUUGCAAGACGCGUCUACUACUUUAAGCUCCCCAGGCAACUUCAACCUCCCAAAUCUAGAAUACCUUCAACUCAAUUUCCUGAUGGACGAUCCAAGGCCUGCCCCAUCUAUCUUAUCAAAAUUCGCGACAACCAAGUUGAAAUAUGUGCGAUUCCUUGAAUCCAGAGGCCUAGAUGCUCGCAGAAUAUUCGAAUCCGUACCAACUCUAGUCGUCAUGGACGUAGUAAGGGAUGCUGAUGAAACUCUGCGUUGGGUCAGAGGUUCCGAUUUUCCCCUCGAAAUUGGUACCUUCGACGAAGAUGCUGACAGUUGGGGGCAAUGGUGGGAGCACGCAGUGAGUCUGAAGGAAGUUGGAUAUCCAUCUGGCUGCCAUUUAACAGGGUCGUUCUUCCACUGA